AUGGCUUCCUCACGCAUCUUCAUCAAGGGCCUGCCCCCGACCAUCACUGAAAACGAGUUCAAGAAGCAUUUUGGAGCUAUUGCCACUAUCACAGAUGCCAAACUGAUCUCGAAUCGCCGCAUUGGAUAUGUGGGAUAUAAGAGCCCAGAAGAGGCUGCGAAGGCCGUCAAAUACUUCAAUCGCACAUUCAUACGUAUGUCCAAGAUUGGGGUAGAGAUUGCUCGACCGAUUGCCGAUACCACCCUUCCGCCAUCGAGGAAAGCACAGCGCGAACAGAGGCGAGAAGAUGCCACGGCCAGGAAACAGGCGUGCGCUGAAGCCGCUGAUGCUUCGUUCAGUAACGGAGUCAAGAGGAAGAGAGACGUCGUCGACGAAUCAGAUCCCAAGUUACAGGAAUUUCUAGAUGUCAUGCAGCCGGCCUCGAAACCCAGGACCUGGAAUGCCCAGACAGAGGACGACGAGCCGCCCACAAAGAUGCAAGCUAUGGAGAUUCCUGAAAAGGACAGUGAUGGCGAAUAUGAGCCUGUGCCCAAGAAGUCGAGAAAGAAGAGUCCGCCGCUAUCCAACGAGAUACCUGCCCCGAUCGUCGAGGCCACACCUGAAAGUACGGAUGUGAACGGGCCGAAGACGACGGAUGCCCCAGACGCAACAAACGAUGACUGGCUUCGGAGUCGGACGAACAGACUCUUGGACCUGAUGGACCCCGACGAGAUUGGGACUGCUGGAACAGGGGCCGUGCCAAAUGAGAAAGCUGAACCUGCCUUUGUGGCUGACACACGGUCAGAUGAAGCUCUUGAAUUAGCAGACCCCGUGGCCGAGCAACAGAAAGACGAAGAGGACAAGGAAGAGCUAGACCCUACCAUCGAAGCCAUCAAAGCUACCGGUCGACUGUUUGCGCGAAAUCUAGCCUACUCCGCCUCCGAGGAUGAUCUCAGAGAGCAUUUCGCACCGUUCGGAUCUCUGGAGGAGGUACAUCUGCCAGUCGAUGCCAAAGGCACGAGCAAAGGAUAUGUGUAUGUUCAGUAUUCGGAUCCGAGCGCUGCUGCAGAAGCCUUCCAUGCCCUUGACGGUGAGCCUUUCCAAGGUAGGCUGUUACACAUCCUCCCUGCCUCUGCGAAGAGAGAUAACAAGCUGGACGAGUUCGCCGUCGCCAAGUUGCCGUUGAAGAAGCAGAAGCAGAUUAAGAAGAAGGCAGAGGCCACAUCCACCUUCAACUGGAACUCUCUGUUCAUGAACCAAGAUGCAGUCAAUGAAGCCAUUGCCAGUCGCCUUGGCGUAUCCAAGUCCGAGAUGCUUGAUCCAACGUCCGCAGAUUCUGGAUACAAGCAAGCAAUAGCAGAGACAUCAGCCAUUCAAGAGUCCAAAACCUACUUCGCAAAGAAUGGUGUUGAUUUGGACGCUUUCAAGAGGCAAGAGCGUGGCGAUACAGCUAUUCUCGUGAAAAAUUUCCCCUACGGCACGUCUCUUGAAGAGCUGAGAAAGAUGUUCGAGCCUUUUGGACAGGUGCUUCGUGUCUUGAUGCCACCCAUCGGUACAAUCGCGAUCGUUGAGUUUUCUGAACCUACCAAAGCUCGAGCAGCAUUUGCAAGCUUGGCCUACCGCAAAGUUCAGGACUCGGUCUUGUUCCUCGAGAAAGCGCCUAAGAACCUAUUCAAAAACCCAAGCAGCAACGCGGUCGUCGUGCCAGCUGACAGUAUGGCAACCAAGUCAGGGAAGGAAAAGCUGUCUGCGUCUGAUCUUCUUGAGAAGGAGAGUGAGACACUCGACACGUCAACCUUGUUUGUGCGAAAUCUUAACUUCACUACCACCAGUGAUCGCCUCACGGAAGCCUUCAAGCCUCUGGACGGUUUUAUUUCAGCUCGAGUCAAGACCAAGACGGAUCCGAGGAAGCCUGGCCAAGUGCUCAGUAUGGGUUUCGGCUUCCUGGAGUUUCGAAGCAAAGCUCAGGCCCAAGCAGCUCUGACCGCGAUGAAUGGCUAUGUUCUCGAAGACCACAAGUUACUGAUCAAGGCGUCACACAAGGGAGUCGAUGCAGCCGAAGAGCGCCGGAAGGAAGAUAAUGCCAAGAAGCAUGCUGGCAAACGGACGAAGAUUAUUAUCAAGAACCUUCCCUUUCAGGCUACCAAGCAGGAUGUGCGAGGUCUCUUUGGUGCCUUUGGCGAGCUUCGCUCGGUACGUGUUCCCAAGAAAUUCGACCACUCCACACGUGGAUUUGCCUUUGCAAACUUCAUUACGGCUCGGGAAGCGGAGAAUGCACUAGAGGCCCUGAAAGAUACCCAUUUACUGGGCCGUCGCCUGGUUCUAGAAUUUGCAGCCGAUGAUGCUGUCGAUGCCGAAGAAGAAAUUGCGAAGAUGGAAAAGAGGACCGGCGCACAAGUCAACAAGGUUGCCGCGCACAAACUCACAGGAGGUACUCGAAACCGAAAAAAAUUCGAUAUCGAGGGGGAUGAGGAUAUGGAAUGA